AUGGAGAUCUGGCAGGUCAAAGAAUGUGGUUAUCGAAUCAACAAACGUCUUAAGGCUGACACGAAUAACCAAAAUGAAAUCGAGUCUCCUGGAAUGAAGGGAACUGGGGACAUUCAAGUUGGGCGAGGCUGGAAAUCUUCUGAUUGGGUGAAACACGCCCAAACACCGGACCUCCGCAACUCUGCAUCCCGACUCCGCCUGCGUCACUAUUGA